AUGCAGAACAUGUCGAGGCGAUUUGGUCGCAUGACGACCAAGUCAACUGCUGAUGAUAGCCAAAUCUCCGUGCUUCUAAAGGACUUCGACGAUGCAGACACCCUCCUAGGCAAGAUCGUCGAAUCUACACAAGCCUGGCGCGAUGCUUGGUUGUCUAUUGCAACAUAUCAAAGUCGGCUUGUUGAUGAAUUCGACGGCCUCUACGGUCCUAUCAUUGGAUCCUCGGAGACCCCUUCCAACCAUAAAGCCGUGGCUACAGACCCAGUCAAAUUGGGCCGGACGAAUCGCAUGCGCAAAGAAUAUGACGAGCUGACGACGGAUCUUGUGGAGGAGCUUAAUGCCGUUGAAACUCGCAUGACCCAGCCAGCUGCGCAGGCCAAAGAAUCCCUGACACCAAUGAAGAAGACGAUUAAGAAGCGCAACGAGAAGAAGACCGACUUCGAAAUCUCCCAAGGGCGUGUCGAUAGCCUUCAGAAGAAGCCAAAGCGCAGCGAGCGUGACAAUGCGAAUCUGGCAAAAGCCGAGGCAGAGCUUGCCAAUACGAAGGAGGCAUAUCAAGCUGCCGACCAAGAUCUGCGACAGCGACUUCCAAAACUUGUCGCUCUCAUAUUCUCCCUAACACCAUAUAUCCUCGAGGCCCAAGUCGAGAUCCAAAAUCGGAUGCUUGCACAUUACUACACAGUCCUCCACACCUACUGCGAAGAAGAGGGAUUUUCCUCUCCACCACCACAAAUGGACCAGAUCGUCCAAGACUUCCAGUGCGCCUUCAACCACGUGCAAUCUGAAAUCGACGGCUUCGGCUGCCUAACCCAGGGCAAAGCCAUGCGCCGAGCCUCAGAACACGAAAAAAACAAGCGCCCGUCAAUCGGGAGCCGCAUGGCCAGCACUGCCUCGUCAAGCUCCCUCCCAAGUUCCAUACGCAGGGGUUCCCAAACGCCAGGGUCGACAGUCCAGACACCAAGUAUCUCAGAGUACCCUCCCUCUCCCGCCUUGUCGACAAUUAGCUACAAAAGCAAUGCGAUUCCCGCCGGCAAUGCUGCAGGCUCUAGGUCCCUAUCGACGGGCGGAGAUUACUUCGAGCCCCCUCGUCCGGCUUUCAUGCCCACGCCACAGCCGACUCCUGUCCCAUCGGGCGUGGUGAGAUCCCCUGCCGGGCCGAAUAUUGAUUCCUUCCAGGCUGGUACUUCUGUGGAUCCAAUGGUUGCCGCCGCUCAAGGGAAGAAGAGACCGCCGCCACCGCCGCCUCCGUCGUCUCGUGCUGUGUUUGUCACGGCCCUGUAUGACUUUGAUGGUCAGGGGGUGCUGAUUUGGUUUUCCGGGAGGGAGACCGCAUUCGUGUCAUGCGCAAGACUGAUAGUACGGACGAUUGGUGGGAGGGUGAAUUGA